AGGUAACCUGCAGGCCGAGCCUGGACCCGCACUAGGGCGCAUGAUGGGGUUGGGCGGUUGUCAGGUUCCCGCCUCCACGCCAGGACGGGGUGAGGGUGGAUCUCGCACUAGAUGGAGGCUGAGGAAAGGCUUCUUGUCGUGGCACCACCUGGAGAGACAGGGCUGAGAGCAACUUUGGCUGCAGGGCUCCAACGGGCUGAGUCUUCUAGGAAGAGGCCAGGACUUGGGAGUCUUGGGCUUCAGAGUAUCUGUCGGCGCCAGGUGGUUGCACUGAGGUGGUCCAGCCUGGAGGUGAUUGCCCACUGUUCUGCUGGGGAAGGGUCUUGGGGACUGCCUUCGUUUUAUCUUUUCACCUCUUAAUCCGAGACCGUGCUGCUCUACUACGAGGCAUUCUUUAAAUGCUGUUGAAUGAAUGAAUGAAUGAAUGAAUGAAUGAAUGAAUGAACGAACAGAAGAACCUGUCUCUAAUUCUGCAGAGGGAACUUCUCCCGAACUUCAGUAAACCUACCAUUGAAUGUAGAAGUGAUGGCCAACCCGUGGUUCAUGAGGAUGCCUGUGCAGAAGAGACUGAGGACAUUGUUACAUGGUCACUGACAUUGAGAGGAGGCCUUAAUAUUGUUCUUUCUGCUGUGGGUGAGAGGAUAAGGCGAUUGGUUUUGGCUUUUGUUUUUUAGGCUACUGUGUUGGGAAGAACUUCUGGAGGAAUGAUGAGAGGUGGGAGUUGGGCAUCUAAUGAUGCCCAUCAGCUGCGGUUGUAGUGAGGGACUUCUAAGUGCUGAGUGAUUUUUGAACCCACAACUUGACUUCUUAAAUUUCUUCUUAUAUUGGGGAGACUUUUUAACAUUUGAGAUGUAAGUGAGAAAUAGCUCAUGGACAAAAUUGAAAAUAGCUGUUUAUGGAAAUACAAUCAGAGCACUCAGCGGUUGUGUGUAUGCAUGAGGUUAACUCCUUGCAGACAAGUGGAAGAGGUGUCCAGAAAAAUUAAUCCCUUAAGAUGGAAUUGUAUCAUUCGUCAAGAAAUUGUUUAGGUGUUUCCAAUAAGAAAUAAACUGGACACACACCCAAAGAAACAAGUCUGUAACCAGAUUGUUUUUGGUUGUCACAUAGAAAAAAGUGCAGGUGACACAGGCUGUGGAGUGGGAGCUGAGCUUGAUAGAGUCCCAUCAUCCGUGAGGCGAUUGUGUGUCUGAGCUUCCUGACUAAAGAAAGACGUGUUCUCGUGUUCCUAAGAGGAUCUAGAUACAAUUGGAUUGAAUUGGAUUUAUACCUUUAUUUCUUUAAUGAAGAGGAAACAAACCUGUAAACAAAAAUGUAUGUUAUAAAGAAUAAAUUGUAAAUAAUAAAAAGUAGACAUGUAACUAGUGACUGCUAGUUUAAAUUUUAAAAGUUUGCCUGCCUUUCAGACGUGUUUCGCCAGUUUCUGAGAAGUAUUGGCAUCCACAUCAUACCUACCAUAUGAAUGCAUACAUGACACACAGUGAUGCUUUGAGAUUUCUCUAGCUUUAUGUUAAUGUUAAUAUCUCAGCUAAGAGUAAGUCUAGUUUUGCUACUUUAAUCUACUUUUUAAUGUCAUGUUCAUUACUUUUAAAAUUUUUUUAAAUUUAUAAAAUGGAAAUAUUGACAAUACUUUAGGAUAAAAGGGGUACAUUUCCACACAAUGUCCACCCCCAGAGCUUCAUAUUCAAUCCUCUCUCUUGAUAGUUGCCCUAUUCUUUAUCCCUCUGCAAGUAUGGACCCAGAAUCAUUAUGGGGUGCAGAAGGUGGAAGGUCUGGCUUCUGUAGUUGCUUCCCCAGUGAACAGGUCGAUCCAUACUCCCAGCCUGUCUCUCUCUUUCCCUAGUGGGGCAGGGAUCUGGGAAGGCAGGCCUCCAAGACACAAGGUAGGGUCCUCUGCCCAAGCAAAUCGGGUUGGCAUCAUGGUAUCAUCUGGAACCUGGUGGCUGAAAAAGAGUUAAGAUAAUGCAGAACAAAUUGUUGACUAAUCAUGAACCUAAAGGCAAGAAUAUUGCAGAUGAAGAUUUGGGGUCUCCAUUUUGGAAGAAGCUAGUAGGUCUAUUUUAGGUAUAUUCCAGAGGGCCUGUGGCUUUACUGGUUUUUGCCUUUGCCUGACAUCUAAUAUUACUUUUCCACAUCUAAAUCUGUUCUCAUGAUCAUAGUUACUACAAAUAUUCAUAACAAAAUUGGUAUUUAAAUGGUAACUUUGUUGUAUGUCCACUGACAUUCUUGAGGUUUUCAGUUUUGCAGGACACUGGUAGCCAUGGACUCUAAAAUGGACAUCAUUUAAAGAAAUCCACAGACUGUUAAUGGACAAAAACAUGAAUCAAUUUGUAUUGUGGCAUUCAAAUCCUAGAAUUUUGGAAAAGGACAGAGAGAAAUUGAGAGGAGUUGGGGGAAGAUGGAGAGGGUCCAAGGGGGGGAGAUACCUGCUGCCCUUCAUUGCUCCUGAAGCAUCCCCCCUACAGGUCUUGGAACCUGCCCGCCUAUUGGAACUCCUCCCGUCUAGCCAUCAUCUGAGUGUCAUCUCAGGCCCCUGGUCACACUCAUGGCACCAUGGCCAACCCUCGGGAGAACCUCAGCAGCUUCUCUUCCCCACACUUACCUUUGAAUGAAACUAACACCUUCAGUGGACUACAGGAUGACGUCUCACCCGUGGGGAGCCACCCUUCCCCCCAGCUCCAUAAGGACCAACAGGAAAAGGGGAUGAUGCAAGCAGAACUAACUGAGAGCACCAGCAGCCCCAUCACCACCACAGUGUUGACAAGCAUAAGCGAGGAUUCCAGGGACCAGUUUGAAAAUAGCGUUCUGCAGCUCCGGGAGCAAGAGGAACUGGAGCUGCCCACGACUCAGGGGAACAGCAGUGCCGUGGAUGGAGAGAACACGAGUGGGCCUGAAGACAUCAAGAUUCAGUUCAGCAGGUCAGGCAGUGGCAGUGGCAGUGGCGGGUUUCUUGAGGGACUCUUUGGAUGCUUACGGCCCGUAUGGAAUAUCAUUGGGAAAGCAUAUUCCACCGACUACAAAUUACAGCAGCAAGAUACUUGGGAAGUGCCAUUUGAGGAGAUCUCAGAGCUGCAGUGGCUGGGUAGUGGAGCCCAAGGAGCUGUCUUCCUGGGCAAGUUCCGAGCAGAGGAGGUGGCCAUCAAGAAAGUGAGAGAACAGAAUGAGACGGAUAUCAAGCAUUUGAGGAAGCUGAAGCACCCUAACAUCAUUGCUUUCAAAGGUGUUUGCACUCAGGCCCCAUGUUACUGCAUCAUCAUGGAAUACUGUGCCCAUGGACAGCUCUAUGAGGUUUUGCGAGCCGGCAGGAAGAUCACACCUCGACUGCUAGUGGAUUGGUCCACUGGAAUUGCAAGUGGGAUGAAUUAUUUGCACCUGCACAAGAUUAUUCACCGUGACCUCAAAUCACCAAAUGUUUUAGUGACUCACACAGAUGCAGUCAAAAUUUCAGAUUUUGGGACAUCUAAGGAACUCAGUGAUAAAAGUACCAAGAUGUCUUUCGCUGGCACAGUUGCAUGGAUGGCACCAGAGGUGAUACGGAAUGAACCUGUCUCUGAAAAAGUCGACAUAUGGUCUUUUGGAGUGGUGCUUUGGGAGCUAUUGACAGGAGAGAUCCCUUACAAAGAUGUGGACUCCUCAGCCAUUAUCUGGGGCGUUGGAAGCAACAGUCUCCACCUCCCAGUUCCUUCCACUUGUCCAGAUGGAUUCAAAAUUCUUAUGAAACAGACAUGGCAGAGCAAACCUCGUAAUCGACCUUCCUUUCGGCAGACACUCAUGCAUCUAGACAUUGCCUCUGCAGACGUCCUUGCCACCCCUCAAGAAACUUACUUCAAGUCUCAGGCUGAAUGGAGAGAAGAAGUGAAGAAACACUUUGAGAAGAUCAAAAGUGAAGGCACCUGCAUACACCGACUGGAUGAAGAGCUGAUCCGUAGACGUAGGGAAGAGCUCAGGCACGCUUUGGAUAUUCGUGAACACUAUGAGAGAAAACUCGAGAGGGCCAACAAUUUGUACAUGGAGCUGAGUGCCAUCAUGCUGCAGCUGGAGAUGCGGGAGAAAGAGCUCAUUAAGCGUGAACAAGCAGUGGAAAAGAAGUACCCUGGGACCUACAAACGCCACCCUGUCCGUCCAAUAAUCCACCCCAACGCCAUGGAGAAACUCAUGAAGAGGAAAGGUGUGCCUCACAAGCCUGGCAUGCAGACCAAACGGCCAGAUCUGUUGAGAUCUGAAGGUAUUCCCAGUAUGGAGGUGGCUCCUGCUGCAUCCCCUCUGUCUGGAAGUCCUAAAAUGUCCAGCUCGAGCAACAAGAGUCGCUAUCGGAGCAAACCACGGCACCGCCGGGGCAAUAGCAGAGGCAGCCAUAGUGACUUCACAGCAAUCUUAAAAAACCAGCCAGCCCAGGAAAACUCACCCCAUUCCACUUCCCUACACCGAGCGCAGUCCCAUUACUCUUCUCCCCACCCGCACAAUUCUCUGCCCCAGCAAUACCAGCAGUCCCCUCCUGCCAUACCACAGAGUCACCAUCCCAGACUCAACAUGAAUGGGCAGGAUAUCGCAACGUGCGCCAACAACCUGAGGUACUUUGGCCCCGCAGCAGCCCUGAGGAGCCCGCUCAGCAACCAUGCUCAGAGACGGAUGCCUGGCUCCAGCCCCGACCUCAUCUCCACAGCCAUGGCUACAGAUUGCUGGAGAAGUUCUGAGCUGGAUAAGGACCAGGCUGGCCACUGGAGCUGUUGUCAGACGGACCACUAUGACCCCUACCUCCAGCGCAGGCCAGAACCAUAUGGCUCCCUAGAAGCACCCUCUGCUGAACCAGUGGGUAGGGGCCCCGACCUUUUCAAGUCACCAGCACACAAUCCCCUCACGGAAAAUGCUCAAAGCUCUCAGAAAACGGAAGAAAACGAGUUCACCUGCUAUAGGUCUGCGUCAUCCCUUGGCGCCCCUCACCAUGUCACCCCCUCAGUGCUACCUCGAAAAAUAAGGCCCCUUCAGAAGAGUGGAGAUGAGUCCUCUGAAGAAGAAGAAGGGGAAGUAGAUAGUGAAGUUGAAUUUCCACGAAGACCAAGGCCUCAUCGAUGUAUCAGGAGCUGCCAGUCUUACUCCACCUUUAGCUCCGAGAAUUUCUCUGUGUCUGAUGGAGAAGAAGGGAAUACCAGUGACCACUCAAACAGCCCUGACGAGCUAGUGGAUAAACUUGAAGGCCACCUGGCGGAAAAGCUGGAUGACCUGCUGUCACAGACACCAGAGAUUCCCAUCGAGAUCUCCUCGCAUUCAGAUGGGCUCUCUGACAAGGAGUGUGCCGUGCGCCGUGUGAAGACGCAGAUGUCCCUGGGCAAGCUGUGUGUGGAGGAGCGUGGCUAUGAGAACCCUAUGCAGUUUGAAGACUCGGACUGUGACUCUUCAGAUGGGGAGUGUUCUGAUGCCACAGUUAGGACCAAUAAGCACUACAGCUCAGCUACUUGGUAAUGAAAGAACACCCAUCCUGAGGACCUCAAGACUAGAACUGGCAUUUCAAAUCCAUCCCACCCACCCCCUCCAGACUCUUUCCACUCUCUCCCUGCUUUUUUGUCUAGGAAGAGAGCUGAUCCACUUUUCUUACCCCUAGAAAUGAGCUGCAAUAACAGGAACAUGAGACUUUGCAAAUCUCUGGAAAAAAAAUCCAAAUGAAAUUAAGUCUCACUGAACAUUUCAAUCAAGAAUGGCAGGGAUCUAUUUUAUUGAAUAUUCUAGCUACUGUAACAUUGAUAUUUAUUUUUGUUUGACAUUUUAACACUUUGUACUGUAAAGAGUGAACUAUAUAUGAUAUAAAGAGAGCCAAUAAUUUCUUGCAAAAAAAAGAGAGAGAAAGAAAGGAAGGAAGAAAGAAAGAAAGAAAGAAAGAAAGAAAGAAAGAAAGAAAAAGUGAGAUUUAGAAGCAACACCCUUGGGAACUUGCAGGGCCAUUGCUGCUACUUGAACAGGGGGCCAGUUCUCUUGGCCACAAGGGAUCGAAGAAGGGCCAGAGCAAGACGCACUCAGCGUUGCAGAAAACAAAGAAAAGCAAUGUCAGACCACAUUGAGUUCAACCAGUUUGUCCCAAUGGUGAUAGCAGUGACCUAGAAAAAUUUGAUGACCAGAUACUUACAACCAAGGUCUUUGAGAGCAUGUGCUUCCUCUUGGAGGAAAAUGAAAAUUCUACAUGUGGAAUCUGGUUUCGUUUUUUAAAUUUUUUAAGCAGCACUUGGUAGUGAGACUUACAGUGUCAAACCUUGCCCUUGACAGAUACUUCCUUUUUUAUUUUUUUUCUCUGUGCUGUCAUUGACAGAUGUGUUGACUUGACCAGUGUGUUGAUUUUUCAGACUCAAGUGCCAUUUUAUGCAAGUGUGUUUCUUUCCUACCUGCUGAUUGCUGCUUCAUUUUAGUGAGUAGAGGCUUAGGAGAAAAAAGAUUCACGAGGAAAUAGAAACCCACAACAGUGUUAGAAAAGCAAUCAUGGAAUCUGUGAAAAGUGCAUAUUCAGAAAGUCUCAGUUCAGCUAUGUGGAAAAGAUGGGCUCGUCCAUCCCUGGAACCAUGUCAUUUGUCUACUAGAGUCCUAUUGAUUCAGACAGGAGACCAGACUUUGAAGGCAGCUAGAUGUGUGUGAGUCUGUCCAGUGUCCAAGUCCAAACUAUCCCCUUUGUUUUUAUUCGUUAAGUCAUUCUAUCUUGGAAGCUUUAGAGACCAUUCUCAGAGUAAAGACAAAAUAGGCCACUUGCAAAAGAAAACCCUCUCCCAUUACAGAAACAUUUUUGUUAAAUGCCCCCUUGUAAAAAUUGUAUUUUACUUCACUCUGGAUCAAUGCAGCAUUGAGUAAUUGAACUUGGAAGUUUGUGGGAAGAACAGCUGGUGCUGAGCUGCAGUUGGAAAAAGCUUUCCAGUGUCUGAAGAAUGGAGUCCUUGCCUUCAGGGUCACGAGCUCUGCAGAGCACCCUGAGGUACUUUACAGUGCCUCGACUUUAAGGACCUUUUUAUCGAGACUUUUCUAGUAAAAUAAAUGUUGGCUUAGCUCCUAUUUCUGUCUCCCAGCUAGGCUACUGUCAAACAGCAUCUCUAGAAUCAAGGCCUAAAGAUGGCUAACUUUUCUGCCAUUGCAUCAUACGGGACUGUAGGGAAGCUUUCCAGAUGGAAGCAUUGCUCUCCUCUGAUUUUCACUGACUGCAUCAGCCAAAAAAGGAAAGGCAGGAGGGAUUUAGAACAUUCCUUUUGCUUGUUUGAUCCUUCCACUUGUUUACAUUUUUAUGUUGAUUUAAAAUCCAGUGUCUAUAAUUUACAGGUUUUAGAUAGGAUGAAGGAAAAUGUUUAACUUAUACAAGAGCAGUAUUGUUUGCAUUAAAUUAUUCCAUUUUAUAAAAUUCUGUAGCUGGACUACAUGAAAGAGCUUAAGUUAUGGCAUUAUUAUUACCACUGUUAUUUUAUAAUAAUUAUUAUCAUUCUCAUUUUCUGUCGAUCAGAAGGUGUGGUUUACGGUAUGGCACAGUGAUUGUGUCUCUUGCUAACCAUGAAUUAGUAUGAAUUUUUGUGAUCUUUCAUGAAGGAACGAAAACGGAACUGCCAUGCGGGAGCUCCCCGGUACUCAUGUUAGUUAUUGUCUUUUAUUUUCUAUGUACAACAGUAAUCAUCUAAAUAUGUGUGUUCUGCCCUGGAGUCUAGUGGGCACAUUGUCAUUUUUUAUCAUGAAAGCAGAUAACUGAGUGGAUGGACAAUAGUUCAAAAGCUGUAAAUUCUUUCAAGUUUCUUAAGAAAUAAAAUCAUGGGACUACA